UUGUUUUCAGCACCUGUGAUUAGAAAAUGCGUCAUUUGUGGCGAAGAUUCAACAGGCAAACACUAUGGUGUGAUCGCUUGUCUCGGUUGCAAAACAUUUUUCCGAAGGGCAGUGGUCCAUCGGCAAGAUAUAAAAUGCAAAAGCUCGGAGCACUGUGAAGUCGAUAAGGGUGCAAGGAAAGCAUGCCGUGCCUGUCGCUAUAAGAAAUGCCUCGAAAUGGGAAUGACCAAAGAAGCACAAAAACUGCCACCGGUUGACCAAGAAUUGACAAGGCUUAUUUCGAAGCUUACGUCAAUUGAUAAGGAGAUCCGAGAGCGGAAAUUUCAUUUGAUGCGAGCAAAAAAUGAAGCGAAAAAGUUAGCCGAAAUGCUCAAACAUAGCAAUCAGUUGGUCCGAGACAGACUUAUGAUUAUGCCAAACGAUAUCGCUAGCGUCACUCAUACGGAGCUGUUGCUGAUGCUGCAGUGGGCGAAAACAGAAUCAAUUCCAGCAGAUCGAAAAUGGCGUCAAGAGAAGCUUUACAAGCAGAUGACAAAUAUAUGCAUCGAUGAAGUAGCAAUGCCUUUACGCAGACUGAAACUUAUGCCCGAGGAAUUAGCGAAACGUCUGAAAUCUCGGAAGAAACGAGUGCCCGUAUAAUG